GAGACAGGUAAGAUGGCGGCGCAGGAGACUGAGGCAGCACAGCAAUCGGCCGUAGGCAACGGCGAGGUGAGCAGUAACGGCGCUGCCGCUUCGGGCCAGGUUGCACGGACUGCCGCUGCUCCACCGGACCAGCAGCAGCAGCAGCAGCAGCAGCAGCAGGGAAAUGCCUGGCAGGUCAUCAAAGGCGUCCUCUUCAGGAUCCUCAUCAUCUGGGCCAUCAGCAGCUGGUUCCGCAGGGGUCCAUCGACCCCUGACCCCAGCGCCCCUGCAGGAGCCCCCCGGCUGCCCAGCCGCAACCUCUUCCCCAAGGACACCCUGAUGGAUCUUUAUGUGUAUAUCUCCGAGAAUGAGGUAUUUUCGGAUUUCAACAACACAGAGAGCCUGUUUUGGUUCCAGAGGGACCUGAUCUAUGGAGACUGGACCACAGGAGAGGCAGGAGAUGGCUGCUAUGAGCAUUACCUGGAACUGGACACACCUGAGGGCACACAGCGGAAUGGCUCCCUGUAUAUCCAUGUGUACUUCACCAAGAGCGGCUUCCACCCCGACCCUAAGCGCAAAGGCCAGUAUCGCAGGCUAGCCACCGUCCACGCCAGCCGAAUGCUGAACAAGUUUAAGAGAAGGAAGUUCCUCAAGACCAAGAACCUGCUGACGGGAGCCACCGAAGCUGAUCCUGAGAUGAUUAAGCGGGCAGAGAGUCAUGGCCCUGUGGAGAUCAUAUCACAUUGGCACCCCAACCUAACCAUCAACAUGGUGGAUGAUCACACAGCGUGGGUGAAGGGUUCCGUGCCUCCGCCCCUCGACCAGCACGUGAAGUUUGACGCCGUGAGUGGCGACUACUAUCCCAUCGUGUACUUCAACGACUACUGGAACCUGCAGAAAGAUUACUACCCCAUAAACGAGACCCUGAAGAAGCUGCCCCUGCGACUCACCUACUGCCCCCUGUCCCUAUGGCGCUGGCAGCUAUAUGCUGCCCAGAGCGCCCGCUCUCCCUGGAACUUCUUGGGCGAGGACGCGUACGAACAGUCUGAUGAGGACCAGGACUCUGUGAAGGUGGCUUUGCUGGAGACCAACCCAUACCUCCUGGGGCUCACGAUCGUCGUCUCCAUUGUACAUAGCAUAUUUGAGUUCUUGGCCUUUAAGAAUGACAUCCAGUUCUGGAACAGCCGUCAGUCUCUGGAGGGCUUAUCUGUGCGCUCCAUCAUAUUUGGCGUGUUCCAGUCGCUGGUGGUGCUGCUCUACAUCCUGGACAAUGAGACCAACUUCGUGGUGCAGGUCAGCGUGUUCAUCGGGCUACUCAUCGACUUCUGGAAGAUCACCAAGGUCAUGGAUGUGAGGAUGGACUGGGAGAAUAGGAUUGCAGGAGUAAUCCCACGAUUGAUAUUCAAGGACAAGUCCACGUACGUCGAGUCCUCAACCAAGAUCUACGACGACAUGGCCUUUAAGUACCUGUCCUGGAUACUCUAUCCACUCUUUGGCUGUUACGCUGUUUACAGCUUAAUCUACGUAGAACACAAGGGCUGGUACUCAUGGGUGCUCAGUAUGCUCUAUGGUUUCCUGUUAACCUUCGGUUUCAUCACCAUGACACCUCAGCUCUUCAUUAACUACAAGAUGAAAUCAGUAGCUCAUCUUCCGUGGAGAAUGCUCACCUACAAGGCACUGAACACCUUCAUCGACGACCUGUUUGCCUUCGUGAUCCGAAUGCCCAUGAUGUACAGAAUAGGCUGUCUGCGAGAUGACGUGGUGUUCUUCAUCUACCUGUACCAGAGGUGGAUCUACAGAGUGGACCCCAACCGUGUCAAUGAAUUUGGCACUAGUGGACUGCACCACAGCGAGGAAAACUUGGCCCAGGUGGCUGCAGAAGACACCACGCCCGCCGCCAUCACAGAUAAACCAGAGGGCGAGAAGAAGAACGAUUAAUCUUCUCGUCCACACUCUCGUCUGCCCAAGAUGUAUUCCAACAUCAUGGCUGAGUUUAUGUCUAAUAGUCAGGGAUGGGAACUGGAAUAAUGGUAUUCUGUAAAGGACACUGCGAGAAAUUUCAGUUCAACUCUCCAUUUUUUUUGUAUGGGAUCUGCAGAAACAAACACAACCCAUUUAAUGUAAACUUGAUAAUAUUUUUCAGUCUCCCAUAUCUUGCAGUGAAGGUGAAGUAAAAAGCAAAGUGCUGUACUGUAUUGUGUAUUUCUGGAUUGGUUAACACUACUGUUGUGAAGGUACAGGGAAGAGAUCCACGAGGUUAACUGUGUUGGAUGGGCUGUUGCAGUACAUAUCUCAAUAUUUUACAAGAUGGGAGACAAAGUGAAGGCAAGUGCAAACUUGCUACUAUUUUUCCUUUUGUUUUCCUUACUGUGUGGAUUCGCUGUUCCUUUUUUCCCAUUCCAUGUGUGAGGUCUGUGUACCAGAAAGAGGGUGAGUAGUGUGACGGGAAGCAGCACACGGUCUGGACGACGAGUGCUACUCAGCCUGUGCAGACACUACCCACAGGAGACUGGGACUGCCCAAGGCUUUUCCGUUGUUAGGGGUCCUUUUUUUUUAAUGGUUGAUGUUCCAAACUUGAACAAAAAAACAAACAAACAAACAGCCUUGUAGGUAUUAAUAUAAUGAUCUAUUAAUAUUAUUAAUAAUGGUGAUCAUGAUUUUAGUUUUCAGCCUUUUUUUUUUGUACAUCCUAACACUGUACAGUCUCCGCUUGUAAAACCUUCGUGUGCAGCUUGUCAGACGGUCUACAGCAGCUGCGGUGACGGUCAUCUGGCCGAGGACUCGGAUCCCUCUCUGCAGAGACCCUGAUGCAUCUACACUUCAAAGCAGAGCCAUUUUUGUUUUCAGUACAGCUAGUCUGUUGAAUGCAAGGCUUAGGUUGUGUCGUGUGAGUGUUGGUGGGACAAAAAGCCUAGUUUGUCUUUUUUUUUUUUUUUGCCAAAAUGCUGAAUUGACUGGGCUUUUAUUUUGGUACAUUAAAAUUUGAUUCAC